AUGGCAGAUAGCAUGGACUUCCCCAAAUCCCUGACCCUUAAAGACGCAGGCGGCAGCAGUUCCCAAGGCUCCCGCCCCACCCAACAAGACCAAUACACAAUCCUCCGCCCCGACGCCUUCGAAAGUAGGAAUGACCAGCUGGCGCUCUUCGCGGUCUACGAUGGCCACGGCUCAAGCAAAGUCGCCAAACACGCCCGCGACAACCUCCCCGUCUUCCUGCGACACAGUCCCGACCUCCCGACCGGCGAGUACGAGAAGGCGAUCGUCGAGGCCAUCCGGCGCGAGGAGGAGCAGCUGCUGCAUGAGUUCUGGGAGGGGGAGGAUAAGCAUGCGCUGGCGGGGACGACGAUGGCGCUCGCGGUCGUGAACCUCACGCGGGGCGUGUUGGUCGUCGGGAAUGUGGGGGAUUCGGAUGUGUUGCUGGGGGAGGAGGGGGGUGCUGCUGGGUGUGGGACGGGGAUGGAGGUGACGAGAUUAUCGACGACGCAUAAGCCCGAGAGCGACGGGGAGAAGCAUCGGGUUGAGUUGGCGGGCGGGACGGUCAAUACGGAGAGUGGGACGGCGCGAGUAGGAGCGCUGAACAUGUCCCGUGCCCUGGGCGACCUGCGCUACAAAACCCCCCUCAACAACAUGACCCAGCGGGCCAAGAGCGGCAGCGGCAGCGGCAGUUCCGAAGGAGGGACCCCCUCCGCCGCCCACGACACCUCCCCGCAGCGCGGCGACUUCAUCUCUAGCGAGCCCGCCCUCAACCGCGUCGACCUCCGCGACGAUCGUCGCUAUGUGCUGGCCCUGCUGUCCGAUGGCGUGACCAAUGUGCUGGAUGACGCGACCAUCCUCAACCGCAUCGUCGAGCUGCGGCAGUCCGGGUUCGACGCGACGCGGGCGGCGCAGAACAUCACCGAGGGGACGACGGCACUGCCGGGCAGUGAUAAUGCGACCUGCGUGACGGUUUUUCUGGAAGGGUCGAAGGUUGGGCAAUCAUGA